AUGACUGUCAAAGCCAUAGACGACAGAACUCCGCUUCUGGAGUCGCAGGCCGGCAAGCCAGGGUACGUUACCUUCCCAGAGCUAGAACUAGAAGGGAUUUGGGUCCGGCCAAAGGGCUUCUGGUGGAUCGAAACAGCGCUCUGGGCCAACGUCUUCCUCUCGGGCUUCGACAGCACCAUCACGGCGUCGACGUACGCGCUCAUCGCGUCCGAGUUCGGCGCCGCCAACAACGCCGCCUGGCUUACGACGGCCUACCUCGUCACCUGUACCGCCUUCCAGCCCCUGUACGGCCGCCUCUCCGACGCCCUCGGCCGGAGGUCGUGCUUCUUCGCCUGUACCGCCGUCUUCAUGGCCGGGUGCCUGGGCUGCGCCCUCGCGCCCAGCAUGCUCUCGCUCGUGCUCAUGAGGGCGCUGACGGGGCUUGGGGGCGGCGGGUUGAUUACCAUGGCGACGAUCAUCAACUCGGACAUCAUCCCAUUCAGGAACCGAGGGAUGUACCAGGCCAUGCAGAACGUCCUUGUCGGAUUUGGGGCCAUAUCGGGUGCGUCGCUCGGCGGCGUGAUCGCCGAAGGCAUUGGCUGGCGGUGGUGCUUCCUCCUCCAAGUACCCGUGUCCUCGCUCGCCCUGCUCGUCGGCUAUGUCGCUCUGGAGAACCCCAUCCACAGCUUGAUCAGCCUCGCACCGGGCCAAGGGUUCUGGUCUGGUUUCCGAUACUUGGACAUCUCGGGUGCAUCGGUUCUGGUCCUCGCGCUUGUGGUGCAGCUCGUGGGACUCAGCUUCGGGGGCAACGAGUUCGAGUGGAGUAGCCUGCCGGUUAUUGGGAGCCUGGCUUUGAGCGUUGUCCUGAUUGCCUUGUUCGUCGUGAUUGAAGCGAGGACGAAAGCCAUCCCCGUGAUUCCGCUUCGCCUCUUGUGUGGCUGGCAGCCGGUUGCGGUCCAGUUGUCCAACUUGUUCUCGGGCAUGGCCUCUUAUGCGUAUCUCUUCAUGAUCCCCCUGUAUUUCCAAGCGGUUCGGGGCGAGUCGCCCGCCACGGUUGGAAUGCGCCUUAUUGUACCCUCGCUUGCCACGCCCAUCGGCGGUGUUAUUGCGGGUUCCAUGAUGCACCGAGGGUACCGCCUUUCUUAUAAUGUUCGGAUGGGCACAUCGAUGAUGCUCUUGGGCAAUGUAUUCGCUCUGAUGAUGGGGGACUGUGGCGGUCGGUGGAGGGAUGUGUUGUUUCUGGUGCCAGCGAACCUGGGCCUUGGGCUUACGAACCCAAGCCUGCUGUUUAGCUUCAUCUGUUUGUUCGAACACAAGGAACAAGCUGUGGCGACAUCAACCGUCUAUCUGAUUCGUUCCAUGGGGACCAUAUACGGCGUCACGUUGACCUCGGCCGUCGUGCAGAACACGCUGCUAUCCAGGUUACCCGCUGCCCUAGGCCCGAUCGAAGGACUCGAUGAGAUUGUCGAAAAGCUCCGACACUCAGUAUUCGCCUUGUCAGACCUUCCACCCGAGCUCCAAGCCGCAGCGAGGGCGGUGUAUGGCGAUGCUCUUCGUGUUGCGUUCUUCGCGUCCAGUUCGUUUGCGCUGUUGGCCUUUGUCUUUUCGUGGGCAGUCAAGAGUGGCAGCUUGAGGCGGAAGAAGUGCGCAUCUUGAAGGUGACCCCUGACAACGAUGCCACCUGGCUGUCUCUGAGCAUGGUUUGGUGAAG